CUCCGACACGACGACCCUAAUCCGCUUCAGCAUUCCAAAUCUCCACCCCUCGCCGCCGGCGACUCCCGCUCCGGCAAGGAAUCCUCACAAAUCCCUCCGGCACCGGCGCGGGUUCACCAUGGUGAAGAACUUCCGCAAGCGAAGCCUCGAGUCGGACGCCGCCGACAACUCCGACGACGAGGACACCCGCCGCGUUGCUCUGGAGGAGAUCAGGUACAUGCAGAAGCUCCGGGAGAGGAAGCUGGGCAUCCCCGCGGCGUCCGUGGCCACCGGCGCCGCCGGCUCCGCCACCACCGACGCGUCCUCCGCUCGGGGCCGAGGUGGCAGCGGGGCAGGGGCACCGGGCGAGGAGGACCUCGUGCUUCAGGACACCUUUGCGCAGGAGACCGCUGUUACCAUCGAAGACCCCAAUAUGUUGAGGUAUGUGGAGAACGAGCUGUUAAAGAAGAGGGGCAAGACGAUUGAGGUGAACGACAAGGACGAUAAGGACGAGGUGGAUGAGCUCUAUGUUGUGCCGGACCACCUGAAGGUCAGGAAGAAGAACAUGGAGGAGAGCUCAACCCAGUGGACCACUGGCAUCGCUGAAGUUCAGCUGCCCAUCGAGUACAAAUUGAGAAAUAUUGAAGAAACCGAGGCAGCUAAAAAGAUGUUGCAAGAGAGAAGGCUUGCGGGUAAAACAAAAUCAGAUGCAAACAUUCCAUCAAGUUACAGUGCUGAUUAUUUCCAUCGCGGGAGAGAUUAUGCUGAAAAAUUGCGAAGAGAACAUCCUGAGUUGUACAAAGGUCAAGAUUCACAAGCUAAUGAAACUGGAGGCAAACCAACAGAUAGUAACAAUCCAGGUGGUCCACCGGCAGGGCGUAGAGAAGCUGCUACCGAUGAAUUGUUGCUCGAGCGUUUCCGCAAGCGAGAGAAAUUCCGUGUCAUGCGAAGAUAGCAAUAGCUGACCGAGCAGGCUGCUGGUUUGGCACUGUUGCCCUUUAAGCAGAAAACAUGUUAGUGGCAACACACGAUAGUCCUGUAUGUUGGGUUAUUCACUGAAAACCCACAAAGCAGGUAGGCUCCCUUGGUUGGUUACUCUGCUUCUGCAGCUCCUGUAAUAAACUCUGUUCAUUGUGCUGCAUCGAUCUGGGGGCUUACAGUUCGAGGACUUCACAGUGGAUGUCGAAUUUCAGGAGCCACUCUAAUUGUAGGGAUGUAUGACUCUUAUUUUAGUGUAGGAAGAAACUCUGUUCACUUUACUAUGCUGGAAUAAACUCUGUUCUCAGUUGUGCUCU